GUGUGUUUAGAGGUGUAAAGCUGCGCAGCUAAUGCUCGCAGGGUCCUCCACAACACGACGUAGCCUUCAAACAGGAAGUCAGUCGUUGUUUGUCGCGUUUUCUUUCAGUCUACUCUUAUUCCAUUAAAAUCGGAAACAUGUUGGCUAUGUUUAAGAACAUUCCUACACACAUGGAUUACAAAGGCCAGAAGCUAGCUGAGCAGAUUUUCCAGGGAAUAAUUCUCAUCUCAGCGAUGAUUGGAUUCGUGUAUGGUCUGAUCAUCGAACAGUUUGGGUGGACGGUGUACAUUGUACUGGCUGGUUUUGCAGUGUCCUGUGUGAUGACGCUUCCUCCAUGGCCGAUGUACAGACAGAAUCCUCUGUCCUGGCAGCCAGCCUUACCAGAGAUCUGUGGAGAACCCAGCCAAAAACCUCAGGAAAGCCUCAAGAAGAAGAAGCACAAAUAACUCUGAACAACCCCCACCUGCCUGCUUGUUGAUACAUUCUUUUAUAUUCAAGUUAUUCUGAAUUCAGUCUCAGUUCACAUCUGAAGCAUCUGUGAAGUAACAUUUGUUAGUGUUUGAGGGAAUACAAAAAAUAAUAAACAUCUGAUACUGCAUUUUUUAAA